AUGGGCCGCAUGGCGGUCGCCGUGAGUGUAGGUUACCAUGAAGCCAGACAUUGGCAUCGGCGUAUAUAUGGUGGACAGGUAAACCUAACACAAGUGCUUCCCGGUGAUAUCGGCUGUGCCGCUGCAUACGAGGCAUAUCGCUUUUGGAAAUAUCACCAUCCUUUGUACGAGCCCUUGGUAGACCGCGAGAGACAAAGGGAGGCCAUAAUGGGCAUGGCUAUCGGGGAAGCACAACAUCUGUGGCAGCAUACUGGCCGCGUAUAUGACAACAUUGGACUCAGGGAAGCAUGCGAAUCAGCUGCCGCGACUGCAUCACGGAUUGCAAACCGAGUCCUUGGGUACGAUGGUACGAUUGCCCAAACGGGCCUUCCAUCCUCUGCUUACGAUCAGACAAUCGCGUACGAUGCCUACGGCAACACCACCUCCGCGCGGCCCUCUGCCUUGCGCCGCUGCUCAUCGUAUGGUUCAAACCUCUCAGCCUCAAUCGGUAGCCCAUACAUCAACCCUGCAUAUGCGACUUCCUCACCCUAUGGCGGUACAGCCUCCAUCGUCGGCGCCUCCACACCGAUUCCCAGCAUGAUGGGUAGUUACUCCGCAGGCGCGGCUCCUGGUGCAUACAUCACGGGCGUCUCAAGCCCAAGCUAUGCUCCCGGCGGCGUCGGGAGUGCGUACUCUGGGGCAGCUGCGUACCAGACCGCCGCUACCGGCGGCGCGUAUCAAGUAGCGCCACCAAUGUACGCAGCGGGCGGGGUCGUGCCGCAGGCAGGUGCCACAUACAUGAGCGGAAUGAAUCCGGUUGGUUAUGGGGCCGCGGGCAUCGCAGGCUACGCUGCAUAUCCAGGACAGCAGACUGUUCCUCCAGGUUCGACGAUCAUCAUCCGCCCGAGACGUCACCAUCACCACCACCACCACCGAUCGCGCAGCUUGAGUGUGGAUAGAUAUUGA